GAUUACUUUUAAAAGUUUUAAUUUCAUUUAAAGUAAAUUUUCUCAAGGGAGGUUCCGCUAACAACGCUUAACUGUAAGACUUUAGUGGCUUGGCUUAAUUAGUCCUUUAUCACUUUCCAACUUUUUUCUUAGAAAAAGACAAACAAUGAAUUAAACUAACAUUAAAGUUAAGCAACAACGGUGAAACGGGACCUUCAUCCAUCUCCCAUUGUUAAAGCGUGUAUACGAUAUAGUGAUACGGAAUAACCUUGUGAGUCAUUAUCACGUAACGAAUAAGCGGUCUAAGGGGGGAUGAGGAAAAAUGUACGGAAAGAAGGAACAUGUUAAACGAGGUACAUAUCUGUUACCGUAAAUGAAUAUCCAGGAUCAGUAGAGAAAACCGCGUGCUCCUAGGCUGAUCCAGGAUGUCAACAAGCUUGCCGAUUCCAUCGUCAUUAUUACUGUUGGUGUUGCUGUCGAUCCUGUUGCCAACACACGGGAAACAUGUAGGAGAGUCAUGCGUGGUCAACGGGAAUUCCCCGGGACAGUGUAAGCUUAUACGAGACUGCCCAAGAGUUUAUGAAGAAAUGUUGGCCGGCAAAGCGCCCAACGAGGUCUGUGGAUUUUUUGGUUUCGACGCGAUAAUAUGUUGUCCAACGACAAACCCUCCGGUCAGGAAACAGACGCCGCAACCACAGACUUCCGACCAAGAUACUACUACAGAACAAUCUUUGAAUUUAAGUGAAACAAUGGAAUCUGUAACGUCAAGUAACAUGAUGAACUCGUAUAAGGACUUGAAGGAGCUUCUGAGAGAUGUUAGUAAAGAAGAGACAUGCAUGGUCGACAAUUUCCCGGGUGUGUGCAAAUUAGUAGAAGAAUGUCCGCAAGUUCAUGAGGAAUUGUUGGCUGGUAAAAAGCCCAGCGUGAUCUGUAGAUUUGAACACUUCGAGCCGGUGAUAUGUUGCCCAACGACAAAUCGCGUGGUCUCCACUAACAAUAAGCCGGCGCCACCACCACAGACUCCCGAGCGAGACAAUUCAGUACCUUUGAUAUUGGAUGAAUCAAGGGGAUCUCUUGCGCGAGCAAAAUGCGCGCAAAGCGCAAAGGCUAUCUACGAUUUCCGAUUACUAUCGACGCCGAGAGUGGGCCAACAGCCAGUCAACACGUCGCUAUGUGCCUUGAAAGAUCGCAAAUUGGUUGUCGGUGGCACGAACGCCGAGCCAAAAGAAUUCCCGCAUAUGGCUGCCAUCGGUUUCGAAGAUAGUAAUGAUAAUAUCUUGUGGCUGUGCAGUGGUGGCUUAAUUUCCUCCAAGAUUGUUCUAACAGCGGCCCACUGUACGUGGGCAUCGGCCUGGGGAAGUCCUACGUGGGUACGACUUGGGGAUCUGAACCUCGCGCAGACGACUGACAACGCGAGGCCGCAGACUAUAGCAAUCGAAGAAAGCAUAAGGCAUCCUGACUAUAAAUAUCAGUCGGAAUAUCAUGACAUAGCUAUACUGCGCCUGGAGAAGGAAGUUACCUACGAUGCGUUUAUCAGGCCAGCGUGUCUCCCGGUUGAUUGGCCAGACGUGGGUCAGAAUGAUAAGGCAGUGGCUACAGGAUGGGGAAUAGUAGAAUGGACUGAUGACAAGAGCUCGGAUAAUCUACUAAAGGUGACACUCCAGUUGGUCUCGCAUGAAGCUUGCAACAAGAGUUACUUCGUCGGCGGCAAUACCAAUCAGCUCCCAUCAGGAAUCGUCAACGAAUGGCAAAUAUGCGCGGGAGAAGUCGACAGGAAAGAUACCUGCCAGGGUGAUAGUGGAGGACCACUCGUCGUCUUCAGCACAGACUACAGCUGCAUGUACACCAUAAUCGGAAUCACUAGUCUGGGACAUUUCUGUGGUAGCACCAUACCUGGCGUGUUCACCCGAGUCUACCAUUACAUCCCCUGGAUAGAGAGAACUGCGUGGCCUGAAUUCUUGAUGUCGACGAACUUGCCGAUUGCCUCAUCGUUAUCACUGUUGGUGUUGGUGUCGAUCCUGUCACUGAUAGAUGGAAAUCAUGUCGGAGAAUCAUGCGUGGUCGACAAUUCUCCGGGUGAGUGUAAGCUUAUACCAGACUGCCGGAAAGUUUAUGAGGAAUUGUUGGUUGGCACGAUACCCAGCGUGACCUGCGGAUACUUUGGCUUUAAUCCGAUAGUAUGUUGCCCAGCAACAAAUAUUACCACGAACCCGAACCAGACAGCAAUUCCUGUUACCACGAACCUGAACCUGCCAACAAUAAAUCCUGUUACAACGGACCCGAACCAACCUAUGUCGGCACCGAGACCACAUUUUGUCAGGAUAAACAAGACAGAUCACCUCACGAAUAUAAAAGAAGCACUAGAUGCUCUGACGUCAACAACAACAAGUACCGUGACGGAGGAGAACUUGAAUUCGUUUCUGGAUGACUAUUUUGAAACCGAGACGUGCAUGGUCGACAAUUCCCCGGGUGAGUGUAAGCCCGCAGAAAAGUGCCCGCAAGUUUAUCAGGAUUUAUUGGCCGGUAAAAUGCCUAGCGUGAUCUGUACGUGUUCCGACUCCAUUCCGCUAGUAUGUUGCCCAACAACAAAUCGUGAAGCUAACCAGUUGCCGGCGCCGCAACCACAAACUAGCACGCGAAACAAUAUGGUGCGACCGUUGCAAUUGGACGGAUCGAGGGGAUCUGUAGCACAAGCAAAAUGCGCGGAAGUCUUGGCUCUCAAUUCCGAGUUACCCCCGCCGGAAACGUACUAUAGCAUUACCGUCGUCGGUGGCGAGGAAGCCGGGGCGAAAGAAUUUCCGCACAUGGCGGCCGUCGGUUUCGAUGGUCCCAAUGGUAUCUCGUGGCUUUGUGGAGGAAGUUUAAUUUCCUCCAAAAUUGUUCUGACAGCGGCCCACUGCACGUGGACAUUCGAGUGGGGAAGUGCGACGUGGGUACGACUUGGCGAUUUGAAUCUCGUACAGACGAACGACACUGCGAUGCCGCAGACAAUAGCAAUCGAGGAGAGAAUAAGGCAUCCUAAUUACACAAGCCCGUUAGAAUACCAUGACAUAGCUAUACUGCGUCUGAAGACAGAUGCUACCUACAACGCGUUUGUCAGACCAGCGUGUCUUCCGUUUACUUGGCCUGACGUGCGUGAGGGGGAUAGGACAAUCGCCGUCGGAUGGGGUCGAGUCGAUUGGACUGCUGACACCGGCUCGGACGAUCUAUUGAAAGUAUAUAUCAGUUUGGUCCCGCAUGAAUCUUGCAACGCGACAUACUUCGACAACGGCAGUACCGUGCAGCUCACAUCAGGGAUUGUCAACGAGUGGCAAAUAUGCGCGGGAGAAGAAGGGAAAGAUACCUGUCAGGGUGAUAGCGGAGGCCCACUCCUGGUCAAUAAUGAGGCGCACAAGUGUAUGUUCACCGUAGUCGGGGUUACCAGUCUCGGAAGACUCUGCGGCAUUAUACCUGGCGUGUACACCCGGGUUUCCCAUUACAUCCCCUGGAUAGAGAGAACUGCGUGGCCUGAAUACUUUUGAUUUGCCGUUACUCCUUCAAUUUAAACUCGGACAGGGGAGAACCACUCAUCGUCUUUAACGAGGUUCACAAGUGCAUGCACACCGUAAUUGGCAUUUUCACUGACGAAGGACUCUGCGGCACCCUACCUGGCGUGUAGACACCCGAGUCUACCGUUACCUCCCUUGGAAAGCGAAAAAUAUGUGGCCUGAUUACCUUAACAUACGUAUUCUUAAUUCACUUUCAAUGUAUCAAUUUUCUUGAGUAUCAAAUACACUCUGUUUUUAUACAC